ACAUAUGGUCGAACAUGUGUUGACACACUUGGAGAAUCACCGAGCAAGGUUUUCGACAAUCUCCUCAAACUCCUCCCCAUCUUCAUCAGCCGCCCCUCCCCCACUCUUCGUAGGCGCUCAAGGUCCACAAGGUUCUGGAAAGACGUACCUGACAUCUCGCUUGAGAGAGGCACUCGGGAAGAAGGGGGUGCGAGCUGUGGUGAUGAGCUUGGAUGAUCUGUAUUUGACGCAUGAGGGCUUGGUGCAGGUUGCUGGGGGGAACUUGGAUGGGAGUGAGAGAACUGGAAACGUGCUGUUGAAGGGAAGAGGUUUGCCUGGGACGCAUGAUGUCCAGCUUGGAACGGAAGUGCUGGGUGCUCUGAAGGAGAUUAACGGCGCUGUCGGAGUAGACGGAGAGGGAAGCUUCAACAAGCAAGGUAGAACAAUAGAGCUCCCCAGUUUCGAGAAAUCAUUGUUCGAAGGCGAAGGCGAUCGUUUACCGCGUGGAGAGGGAAAAGGAACUGUGGUUAGUGCACCGCCUACGGUGGAUGUGGUUGUGCUAGAAGGUUGGUGUGUUGGGUUCUAUCCAGUGAGCGACGAGUGUUUGAAGAGGAGGUGGACGGGGGCGAAACAGGCGGAAGGUGGUGGAGGCGGAGGGUGGGAGGAAGGGCUGACGGAGUCGGACAAGGCUAGUGUUCGCGGGCUCAUGGGUGUUUGUGAGAUGGCGGGUGUGAGGAUGGAAGAUGUAGAAGAGGUGAACGAGAAGCUGAAAGCGUAUGUAGACUGGUGGCAAAUGCUUGACAUGUUCUUACAGAUUAAACCGCCAGAACAUUCGCCCUACGCAAUCAUCUAUAAGUGGAGGCUGCAGCAGGAACAUAACAUGAAAUCCCGGAAUGGAGGCAAGGGAAUGUCAGAUGAGCAGGUCAAGAGAUUCGUCGAUCGUUACAUUCCGGGAUAUGUCUUCUUUGGGGACGGGGUGACGAAAGGAUUGGAGGCUGACGUGAAGGCUGAAGAAGGCAAAUGUGACAACGAGGCGUCAGUACAGGGUGCUUUAACUGCACGUCGACCCUCGUGGAUCGGGAGAGGACUGGUAAUCACAAUUGGAGAGGAGAGAGAAGUGCUUGGCGUUGACUCGUUCUAGAAGAUAUGUCAUAGACAGGGACGAUUGUGAAGGGAGUUCGCAGAAUGGACUGGGAGAAGCAUCUAUGGCUAAUAAGGCCGUGUAGUAAUAUGAACAAGGGACACGAUAUCAACGUACACGCACGUUAUAUGGUCGUUGGCCUUUUGAUACACAAUUUCUUGUUUGAGCUCAUCUAACACCUCCCUCGAGAUCUCGUCAGCUUUUUAUGGAGGUCGUGUGCCCCAACGAUGCAUCGCCGAGGUGAUACCACGUUCAAAAUCACAAGGUCCGGGUUCUGGGCCAUUCUUGCAUCGUUGAUCUCGUUCUGAGAAUGUGAUCGCACGACUUGCUUCGAUAGGGAAGUGACAGAUAUGUAUAUAUAAGCUGAUGGCACGUUGUGACUCGAAAGAAAGGAUUGUAAAGCCGCAGGAAAUGAAGCGCAGCAUAAUAUUACCUGAACUCAUAGUUGCACUUGUUUUGUGGGCCCCUAAGCUCGAGUGUAUUUACGCCCCUAUCGAGAGGUUUUGUAAUGACCGAUUUA